AUGUUUGGUGUUGGCAUGAUGCUGCGAUGUGUGUUCGAGAAUGUCAACGACCAUCGACAAAUUCAGUCGUCAGCGUACCAACCGUCCUAUUUUGGACCUGGCGAAGUCAUGCAUGGACUUGACGAGCGGUCGCCAGGCAGUGCCAGGAACGUUUUAAGGCACGUUUACGCUCGAGUGAAAUGGGUGGCCGUCACAGUCGCUCACAUCGACGGACUACAUGUUGGAUAUAGCUGGGCUAUGACGUCACGCACUUUAAGACGGGCAGUGGCGGUCCCGCGACCCAACGCAUGUCGGGGGUGGGUAAAGGAAGAUGCACCCUACAAUGCCGAGAUCUGCGCACAGACGAAACUGCAAGUGCUCAAUGUGUACGCGAACGAAUCGCCGGUGGCUAGCAAUGCCUACGUAGGCCAACCGGGGUGGUUCACAUGA